AUGAGUAAAACACUAAUCAAGGAUAGUGUACCCGCCUUUCUUGCCAAGUUAUGGAAAUUAUUGAACGAUACAGAAACCGACAACAUUAUACACUGGAGCAAGGAUGGCACCACAUUUGUGGUUAAAGAUCAAGGCAAAUUUUCUGCUGAUAUAUUACCUAAAUAUUUCAAGCACGGAAACUUUGCUAGUUUCGUUCGACAGCUAAACAUGUAUGGUUUCCAUAAAGUCUUCAAUGCUGAACGUGGCGGUUUAAAUGGUCGCGAUUACUGGGAAUUUAGCAACAAUAAUUUCCAGCGCGAUUAUCCUGAUAAAUUAGAUAUGGUUAAACGAAAGGUUAGCAAAUAUAACUGUUCAAUUUAA